ACUUUGAACAUCAGUCGACAACCACAUCGCCAAACGACCGACCGACAACAUGGCUGACGCAGACUACAACGCCGAGGAGGCUGCCGAGCUGAAGCGCAAGAGAGCGUUCCGCAAGUUCUCUUACCGCGGCAUUGAUCUUGACGAGCUCCUCGACCUUUCCUCCGAGCAGCUCCGCGAUGUCGUCCACGCUCGUGCCCGCAGACGGUUCAACCGUGGUCUCAAGCGCAAGCCUAUGGGCCUGAUCAAGAAGCUUCGCAAGGCUAAGCAGGAGGCCAAGCCAAACGAGAAGCCAGACGUCGUCAAGACUCACCUUCGUGACAUGAUCAUCGUCCCAGAGAUGAUUGGCUCUGUCGUCGGUGUCUACUCUGGAAAGGAGUUCAACCAGGUCGAAAUCAAGCCAGAGAUGGUCGGCCACUACCUCGGAGAAUUCUCCAUCUCAUACAAGCCAGUCAAGCACGGUCGUCCAGGUAUCGGUGCUACCCACUCUUCGCGUUUCAUCCCAUUGAAGUAGACGACGAGUACGGGUAUGGUUUGGCAUGGAUGGCGUUUCAGUCUCGGCAAUGGACAAUGUCUACACGCUCUAAGUGAGCUCAUGAUAGUCGGGCAAUAACAAAAAUCGAUGAUACCACCACCA